GCGCCGCCGUCCGCACCGCGCUCGGAAUGGGGCGUCCAGGCCGUGGCAUUUUGUGCCUUCUGCAAACUGGUCGUGUUCGAAUUGCGUUUUUUUGGUGCCUACACGUCGUGCGUGCUGGUUUUCUGCAGCCCGGCGCUCCGCUUCUUCCUCGCGCAGGCUGAGAGGACGGGUGGGGGCACGUCGCCCUCGCGCGGGAGAAGGGAGGCCGGGCGUCCGGGUUGGCCUGAGUUGGCUGGGGUGCUUCGCCGACCACCAGGCUGCCCGGCGCUUGGCCCCUUGCAGUGCGAGCCCCAGGCCUUCCUGAGGGAAAGCUUCGCUUCUGGCUCCUAGUCGCCCUCAGUUACCAGACCUCCCCAGCGCCCCACUCCCCUCUGCCAGCCGAGUGUGAAGACCCUCACUGUGCCCCCCACCCCGGAAUCCCUCGUCUGAGGAUUAAGCACAUAACUUCCCAUUUUCAUCGGGAUCCAGACAAUCCCAUUCUGUCCAGGUGGAAAGAUUCUCUGAAUUUAAGUCUUGGGAAUGCAACAGCGAAAUUUAACCUUUAGUCCCGAAGUAGUUUUUUUGCCUUCUCUCGCACAUACAACUUCUAGAGUCUUCUGACAACUGUGCUGCUUUAGGUUAUCUUGAGAUUCUUACGUUAAUGCCUUGAGGCCGUGUGAUGGGAGUUUCAAAGAGAAGGCUUUUACAGCUUUUCUUCCACCUGUAUCGCAGUUUGAAAUGGAAAACGUAUCUCUGCAUUAGCCAGAUUGGACAUAUGUAAAGGGACAUCAGUAUAUCUGGAUCAUCAGUGGUAUAAUGUGUUAUAGAGGUGGACAAGCCUGCAGAUUGAAGUGGGGAUCGUCCAGAUUGUUCCCUUCCCUGGACCAUAUGAUUGUGCUUCAAGAAGACUAUAGGAAAGAACGCAUUUUCAUCUUGCUGCAAAAGUUGCAAUAGAACCUCCCACAUGCUUAGUGUUCAGUUCUGCCUACUGAGCGUCUUGAAUCUAUAGGAGCAUCUACAUGUACUGCCUCCACAGUGGCUGAUAAUUUGCAGAUAACUCAUGAACCAGACCCAUAAGAAACAUCAUGAUAUGUACUUUAGAUUAAUCAUGGAAAAGGACAAGAUGAUGAAGAAUCAGAAAGCAGUUUUCUUUUCCAAUAUUGAUAUUGCUUUCUUUGAGGAUCUGAAGGUUUGAAUGGGCCAAUGAGUAUCCUCAUCAUUGAAGCAUUCUAUGGAGGCUCCCAUAAACAGCUGGUGGAUCUUCUUCAAGAAGAGUUAGGAGACUGUGUCGUUUAUACCCUUCCUGCAAAGAAAUGGCAUUGGAGAGCCCGGACAUCUGCUUUAUAUUUCUCUCAGACCAUUCCCAUCAGUGAGCAUUACAGGACCCUCUUUGCAAGUUCAGUGCUUAACCUGACCGAACUGGCUGCCCUUCGGCCUGACCUUGGGAAACUGAAAAAGAUUCUGUAUUUUCACGAGAACCAGUUGAUAUAUCCUGUCAAGAAAUGUCAGGAGAGGGAUUUCCAAUAUGGAUACAACCAAAUUCUUUCGUGCCUGGUGGCUGAUGUGGUUGUAUUCAACUCAGUUUUUAAUAUGGAAUCCUUUCUCACUUCCAUUGGAAAAUUUAUGAAGCUGAUUCCUGAUCACAGACCCAAGGAUCUGGAAAGCAUCAUCAGACCCAAGUGCCAAGUUAUUUACUUUCCCAUCAGGUUUCCUGAUGUGAGCAGAUUCAUGCCCAAGCACAAAACAACACAUUUAAAGAAGAUGCUCGGCCUUAAAGGAAAUGGCGGUGCGGUUCUGUCCAUGGCCCUUCCUUUUCAGCCAGAGCAGAGAGAUUCAGAGGAUUUAUUGAAGAAUUUUAAUUCAGAGUGUGAUACACACUGUGGCCUUGAUACUGCACGACAAGAAUAUUUGGGUAACUCAUUAAGACAGGAAUCAGACUUGAAAAAGUCCACCUCGUCAGAUAAUUCAAGCUCUCAUCAUGGUGAAAAUAAACAAAAUCUGACUGUUGAUCCCUGUGACAUUUUGGGUGGAGUUGAUAAUCAGCAAAGACUUCUACACAUUGUCUGGCCUCACAGGUGGGAGCAUGAUAAAGAUCCAGAAAGCUUUUUUAAGGUAUUAAUGCAUCUUAAAGACUUAGGACUCAAUUUCCACGUGUCUGUACUUGGAGAAACCUUCACAGAUGUCCCAGAUAUUUUUUCAGAGGCCAAAAAGGCAUUGGGAUCUUCUGUCUUACACUGGGGCUACUUACCCAGCAAAGAUGACUAUUUCCAAGUACUGUGCAUGGCUGAUGUUGUCAUCUCAACAGCUAAGCAUGAAUUCUUUGGAGUGGCAAUGUUGGAAGCUGUGUACUGUGGGUGUUACCCACUUUGUCCUAAAGAUUUGGUUUAUCCCGAAAUAUUUCCAGCUGAAUAUCUGUAUUCUACACCUGAACAGCUUUCAAAAAGGCUCCAGAAUUUCUGCAAGAGACCAGAUAUUAUAAGAAAACAUCUCUAUAAGGGUGAAAUCACUCCGUUUUCUUGGGCAGCCCUACAUGGUAAAUUCAGGUCUCUGCUUACAACAGAACCUAGGGAAGAUUUGUGACAGAUGGGGCUAAGUCACAAACUUGCAGCCUAAGGCAGAAUCUGAAGAACUUUCCAGAGUGUGCCCAUAUUUACCUGAUCAGAGAGAAAAGAAAAUCUGCAGAGGAAGCUGAGCCUGGCUGCUUGUCAUAGCUGACACAGAGCCAUCUGCCACAAACCUGUGGCGGCUUCAGAUCUCCAAUCCCUGCCACCACCCCAACUCAAAUUAAAUACAGAUUCCUAGAGACGUUAUGAUGGUUACACAUGUCCUCGGCAUCACAUGUAGGAGACUGUUCAAAAAAAAUAUGUGGCCUGUUGUAUAACCGCACUCAUGUAUCCCAUAUGUGGUGCCACAUUGAAUUUCCGGUUGAAUCCGUUUUUAUCCUUUGUACUGGAUGACAUGGUGCCUGAAUUCUUUCUUUUCGCCGACACGAUGGCAGCCAAACUGCAGCUUCAAACGCUCACACUUGGCUGGGUUUCUACCUAGGUUGCCAGGUUAUCAUCGGAGCCUUCUUGUGUCCUCAAAGGGCCACGAGGCCUGAAAGGAGGAUCAGAAUGCUUUGGGAUUAAUUGGGCAGCCAUCGCAGAAUUGUUUGUGGGCAAAGGGCUGCUUUAGCACUUUUCUUUUAGCAAAUUAAUGACUCUCAGGCACAGGGGGUUUUAAGUGAAGGUAUUAAUAAGAGGUCUGGCAGGUAUUCCCAUGAUUCACAGAGUUACAUUUGCAUUUAAUUAAUCUUAAAGUUGCAAGAUAAACAGCUGUAAUUCGGACAAACAUGACAAAUACAGUGAAGCCAACUAUCCCAUAAAAUGAACACUGACAUACUUGUUUUAAUUUUUUUCCCAGCGUAAAAAUAGAAAAAUCAAAAUACUCCUAACAAAACCAGUAAUUUUCAUAGAAAUAUUUCUCCAAUAUACUUGCAUCCACCUACAAAUAUAACCUUUUCAAGAUAAAUCACUUAUGAUUCCAAUAGUCAAACUGCUGUGUUUGUUGAUGUAAAGAUGUUUUGAAUGGCUAGAUGGUAAAAUAAAUUUUUAAUAAAGUACCCACUGCAAUUUUUAA